GAUCAAUUAAACUGUCACAACAAAGAGAAAACGCUUUUAAACAUGUUUAAACAUAGAGCGCGGUGAAACGGCAAUUUAAAACAUCACUUUAUAUUCCUCGCUGAAAGCCCACAAUUUUUUGUGUUCAGUGUAAACGUGGCUUUUCAAACAUAAUUGCAAUUCGCGAAGCAUAACCCAAGGUCGGUGUUACAAUGUCGAACAAUUCCAAAGUUGUCGUACAAGGGCUUAGGCGCCGUCCACGGAACGGAGGCUGGUACCGAUGUCUCCAAGCAUCGAUUACGCUACCGACCCCUGCAGUAAACAGUACCCCAAAUGCUCUUCAAGAGGUAACAUGCUACGGCAGAAAUACCUUUUGUUUACGAAAUUUAAAACUGCUGUUAAAAUGAAAUAACACAAAAAAUCACACAAAAGUAAUUGUACUUAUUUCAAAAUGGCAAAAACUAAUGUUAAUAAGAAAUGGAUAAGCGAAGAGACGAGUGAAGAAGAAGAAUUGUUUCACCACUGUAGAGAAAUGAUGACGGUGUGUUAUGCUAUGACGAAGGUUAUUAUAGACGCGGAUAACAAAUGGAAGGGCCCUAAAGGUAGCAGCACUCCGCAUUCGCUGUCGAACAGAAGUUAUAUUACCGGGCUGGUUAAUAUACAGGUACUAGAUCAAAUCAUAGAAUACCUCUCGAAAAUCGUAAAAUCCUUCUACAAGUUGAACCCCAAACUCGCUCGCAUGAAGAAAGAGAACCCGCUUUUGCUAAGCAAGCAUGAUCACGUGUUCGAUAAGUUGUGCAGUGUGCGAUUCAUAAUGAUGCAGGCGACGCAUGGACUUAUUGUUACUAUACUGAGUACGUGCUUGCAUAGGGAUGACUCGAGGAAGAUGAUUGAAUCCAGUUUGUGUUUAGUCGCCAUAUACAACCAAAUGAUAGGUCUGAGCUACAAAAAGUUCGCAUCGAGAUUCAGCAUUUGCAGCAACACGUAUCCGAACACAGUUAGCGAAACCAAGGCCAUUACGCUCACGAAAAUUGUUCAAGUACUAGCAAAAAGUCGCGUCGAGAUCGAUUGCCACCGCCUGAUCAACUGUCUGGUCAAGAUGUACAAACCUGAAGAUGAUUCCGAUAACGACUCCGGCGCUAGCACAGCGGAGAGCUUGGAGAUAUAUCAUACCCUAACGAAACACAUCACCCCACCAACAUCCUCCAUGUCUCGAGACAUGACCGUGGACAAACGUCGUGAAGCCUUCAUAGAGCACAAGAAAUCCAAAAUGAAGCAUGCCCAGAGCCUAAUAGAAUUAAAGAACGAGCAAAAUAAGAUGAUCACGGAGGUUCUGUCUCAGAACUCUGAUUGUGAGAUUGCGUAUACGUCGUUGUUGACUAACCAGUGUGUUUUGGAGAAUAUUUUUAAUUCUGAUGAAAAUGUAAAUAGUAUUCUUCAGAGCGAAGAAAUUUACAUAGAGAUACUUUUAGAUACGGUUGCAAAUAUGGCCCCCACGUUACUCGGAAAUAACGGAAUUAAGAAAUUUAAAUCAGGUCGCGUGCAAGCAAGUAAAAAGGCAGCAAAAAAAGUGACCGAGUACUAUCAAAAUAUAUUAUGGGGUGACGUCGGUAGUUGCCUAGAACAUAUAGUGCUGUGGUGGUCAUCAUUCCCCUUAGCUACGAGGUCCCCAAAUACGAGUCAGAAUCUACGGGAAUGGCUUUUCGCUACAUUUAAAUCUACCAAUACUCCCGAAUUAGUAUUGGCAGCGUUAAGGAUACUCGCUGACGCCUUAGGGUGCCAUGUGACUACCACUUCGUGGGACAAACACUUUAAUGCCACCUUAACGACAGAUUUGACUGUGACAUCUCUAAAACAGUAUCCAGAUCUCUCCAUCAAUGUAACGGAAGUGACAGCAUCAGGAGCCAAGUUCGCCCUUAUGCUGCAGGAUCUCGUCACUCUGAAUAACCAGUGCGAAGUGACGUGGGACUACAUACUGGGCGCGCCGCUCGAGGACCUGCCGCUUGUGGAGCAAAUACCCAUUUUACAUAGACUUGAUCACUCUAUCCAUACAUACCGCCUAUGGUGCCUUGCCGAAACGCGACGCCUCGCCAACCAAUGGCAAAUGGACGACUUCUUUAGGAUAACGCAGAAAGACAUGCAUGUGUGCAUGGAACAGCUGGUCAAUCUACGGUUCGCUGAUCAUACCGCUACUAUUGAGUCGGGUAAAAUUGGAGUGCAUGAAAAUGUUUGUGCAAAAAUGAGAGAAAAAUUAGUUUCGGAAGUCAAAGUCAACACACAAAAACUAAAGGAAGCAACGGAAGAAAUAACUUCAGUAUUAGCAUCAGUCUGUGCGACAACGAGCAUGGCGCACCUCACUAUGAUCUUCCCGAGCAACGCUGAAUGGCGACGCGUCUCACACCCGCCUACAGCCGAGCGCUCAAUCUACGUUUAUGAAUUAUUAGAUAAAAUGAUGUUACCGGUGGUUAAAGCGACGGAAGACAUUACAACGUUGAACAUGAUUCUGCGAAUAAUGGGCGAAUCAUGGCUGCAUCACAUUUACAUGGCCAAAGUCAAGUUUAGCAAAGACGCGGCAUCGCAGCUUCUAGCGGAUUUCAACGAAGUCCGCAACUGGUUGACGGAGUGCAAGCACCUCUCUGCAGCCGCUAGAAAACAGAUGUUGCAGAAUGAAGUGUUAAGGAGGUGUGAAGGUGUGGGACGCCUGCUACUGCAUGCGCCUGGCGAUCUCAUCUCAAUGCAGGACUCCACCAUGCAGUCCGCAAGACGACGGAAAGACGAUACCGAAGCCCCAGAGCAGCUGAUGCCAGCAGAAAUGUACGUGCCCAAUCAGAAGCAGUGGCUCACGUUACGCGCGAACAGGCUCAAAGGCUCGCUCGCGUUUACGCUAUGCUGUGUUGUUUUAUCCUAAACUUAAGAACUGUGUCAUUUUAUCCUAAACUCAAUACAAUAAUUCUCGC